AUGGCUGGCACCGUGCUGGGCGUGGGGGCUGGCGUGUUCAUCCUCGCCCUGCUCUGGGUGUCAGUGCUGCUGCUGUGUCUGCUGCUGUCCAGAGCCUCAGGUAUAGCUAGGUUCUCCGUCAUUUUCGUGUUCCUCGGUGCUCUGAUUAUCACGGCAGUUCUGUUGCUCUUCCCCCGAGCCAGUGAAUUCCCAGCCCCCGAGGCUGAGAUGAAGAUUGUAGAUGCCUUUUUCAUUGGCCGCUAUGUCCUGCUGGCUUUCCUCACUCUUGUCUUCCUUGGGAGCCUUUUCUUGGUUCUAAUCCAUCACAUCGUGGAGCCAAUCUAUGCCAAACCACUGCGGUCCCACUGA